AUGGCGGCCUGUGAUGUUGUGACUGACGCCAACAUCUCGCCCGGCCUUGAGAGCAACGCCACGGGCAUCACGGCCUUCUCCAUGCCCGGCUGGCAGCUGGCGCUGUGGGCCACGGCCUACCUGGCCCUGGUGUUGGUGGCCGUGACGGGCAAUGCCACGGUCAUCUGGAUCAUCCUGGCCCACCAGAGGAUGCGCACGGUCACCAAUUAUUUCAUUGUCAACCUGGCCCUGGCUGACCUCUGCAUGGCCGCCUUCAAUGCCGCCUUCAAUUUCGUCUACGCCAGCCACAACAUCUGGUACUUCGGCCGUGCCUUCUGCCACUUCCAGAACCUCUUCCCCAUCACGGCCAUGUUCGUCAGCAUCUACUCCAUGACCGCCAUCGCCGCUGACAGGUACGUGGCCAUCGUCCACCCCUUCCAGCCGCGGCUCUCAGCCCACGGCACCAGAGCGGUUAUUGCAGGCAUCUGGCUGCUGGCCCUGGCCCUCGCCUUCCCCCAGUGCUUCUACUCCACCAUCACCACGGACCAGGGCGCCACCAAGUGUGCGGUGGUCUGGCCCGAAGACAAUGGCGGCAAGAUGCUCCUUUUGUACCACCUCGUGGUGAUCGCCCUCAUCUACGUGCUGCCUCUCGUGGUGAUGCUCUUCGCCUACAGUGUCAUCGGCCUCACGCUCUGGAGACGCGAGGUCCCCAGGCACCAGACGCACGGCGCCAGCCUGCGCCACCUGCAGGCCAAGAAGAAGUUUGUGAAGACCAUGGUGCUGGUGGUGGUGACCUUUGCCGUCUGCUGGCUGCCCUACCACUUCUACUUCAUCCUGGGCAGCUUCCAGGAGGACAUCUACUACCACAAGUUCAUCCAGCAGGUCUACCUGGCGCUCUUCUGGCUGGCCAUGAGCUCCACCAUGUACAAUCCCAUCAUCUACUGCUGCCUCAACCACAGGUUUCGCUCCGGAUUCCGGCUUGCUUUCCGUUGCUGCCCAUGGGUCACGGCGACUGAGGAGGAUAAGAUUGAGCUGACUCACACUCCAUCCCUCUCUGUGAAGGUCAACAGGUGUCACACUAAAGAGACUUUUUUCAUGGCUGGGGACACAGCCCCCUCCGAGGCUACCAGCGGGCCGGCCGGGGGCCCCCAAGACGGGCUGCCUACUGAACCCUGAAGCCUUGUGCCUGGCUGCUGGGUCAGGCUUCGCACCCUUCGAGAAGUAGCCAGGUGAGAGGUCCAGAUCUGAAAGUCUGACCCACGCCCCAGCCUUCAGCACAUCCGUGGAAAGACAAGAUGGGGCCAGGAACUCUGCAGUGGGUGCUAACUCUUGAGAGGGCCCAGUCACCCCUGACCGUGCUUCACGGCAGCCGGGAAGAGUCAGAGAAGACCGUGUGAGCUAACGCUGGUCUGAUCCAGGUGCGGCACGCCCCGAAGUCUUCCUGGAGCACACAACUUCAUGAGUGAACUGGAUCUGGUAUAAAAGAAACAUGGCAACUGUGGUAAAAGGCAACCGACUUCCAGCGUUGGGGUAACAGGGAGUUCCGGGUACCGUGGCAGCUGGAGGGCCAAGGGGACAGCUGCCGAUCAGCUCCGGACAAAUGUCGCCGUGUGGUAAUGGG